AUGGGAGAUGCCGCACAUGCAAUGACGCCGUUCCAAGGCUCUGGUGCUGGCCAGGGCAUCGAGGGUGCUUACUUGCUCAUGACCGUUCUUGAAACAGUACCUAGGGCCCUCGCCAUCUACGACAAGUUGAGAAGGCCAUUCUCAUCAGAAGUGGCACUGCGCUCGAUGCGUGGGGGCCAACUAUGCGCGUUUCAAGAGGACGUCCCUCUGCACGAGCUCGGUGAUGCUCUGAAGGAAACUGUCAGGCUUGUGGAGGACAGCCCGAUCGAUGUCAACUGA